CCCAAAGAUAAAAUUUAAACCCAGAACCCUAACCAUAUUUCAAUAGUUUUCUCCCCUAAUGGUAGAUUUUUGUUAAAUAAACUUUUGUGGUUUCAAAUUAAAAUCCCUAUAUGUUUGAAAAACAAAUGGAAGGAUUGCAGAAGUUUGUCCGUACAGUUUCAAAAGAGGCUAAAUCAGUCUCUUCUUCGUUAUCCGAGAGCCCGUACAAUUCCAGUGGUAGUGAGCGUGGUGGAGAACUAUCUGCAGCUUUAUCUUCUUCUGAUCAGUCUCGUCUUUUGGUCUCCAGGGCUCCCAGACAAGUGGUAUCGCUGUGGACCUGUUCAAAGCUUUGCGCAUUUUUCUUUGUUGCUGGAAUUUUUGUUGGUUACACACUCAAGCGACGUGUUAGGCGUUGGGCUUCAAAAAUUUUGAAAAGGUUAAAAGAUGAUUGAUGCCAGUCAGACAAUUUCAUCAGUGUUACCUUUAACAUUUCUGACAUGUACUUGAAGAAUUUCCCAGCAGGUAGCUUGCUUCCUUGAUACAUAUUAUCGCAUCUCAUGCCAAUUUAAGUCUUAUCAAUGACAGAUACAUCACUUUGAUACAACUAUCAUUGGACAUUUCAUUAAUUUGUUGAUAGGAUUGCUAUUAUAUGCUUUAUAAUGAAGAACAAGGCCAAAUUUUGUUUCUAUAUAAAAGUCUGUGCAAUUAAAGCAGUUUAAGGGGAAUGACAUUUCUACUUUUACACA